AUGGGAAAUAAGCCAAAACAACAUCAUAGAGAAGGAAAUCCGUUGCUGUCCGCUAUUUGGACAAAGGAGGUUAAACUUGGAGUAAGUGUCUCUGGUAUCGCUUUUGAAGAAAGGGCGUGCUUUAUGAAUAUGGAGAAAAGUAGUUUCACUAAUCAUAAUAAUUCACUUCAAGUUGAAGAGCCUCAACAAGCAGAUUUUAGCUUAAAUAAAUCUAAUUCGUCAGUUGUCAAUCUAAAUAUUUCGGAAGAACAAGUUUCUGGUGGAUGCAUCUUAUUUGAUGGUGCACUAUCUGUACUUUCCCAAGAAAAUUCACUAAGUACACCACAGGACAAUAAUGCUGAAGAAUCAGCUAAUCAAAAUUUAAGAAAGGAAAACUACAUUUAUCAGAUUUUAAACUCAACCUACGAAGGAAGUUUUUUGCUUGCAGCUUAUGAUUUUGAACAAGAUGAGGAGAAGGUAGCUAAAUUACUUGAAACAAAAAAAUCAACAUAUUUUUCGAAGAAUAAAGUGGCAAAAUUAAUCAUAAAUAAUGAGUUUUGGCGAACAAAUUCUUAUAAUAUAUCAAGUGAUCGUUUAGAAGCGCUAGCCGAAGCUACAUGUGAAUUAUUUCCGGAUUUUUUAAAGGAAAGUUUUUAUACCAGACCGUCAAAUACAAAAGCUGCUGGAGGUGCCUUCCAAACCUAUUAUUCGAAGCAACGGGAAAAGGAGAUUGCUAUAGGAAGACUAAAAAUAAACUUUUUGGAGAGAAGAAAAAGAACUUAUCAAGAAAAUCAAGAAUCUGAUGAUUUCGUAAAAUUAAAACAGCCAGUUCACAUUAUCGAUGAAGACUACAAACAAUUAUGGUGCAAUUCUGCUUUGAAAGAAAGAAUAUCUUUCUACGAGAAGACGGAUGUUCGAACGAUUUUCGAAACAUUUUGUAAUCUUAAACAUUCUGUAGGAUAUUAUCUGGUUCAGGUCGAUUUUGAAAAGAACUUCAAUAUACAGAGCAACAUUUUUGCAGAAAAUUGGCCUUCAAUUGGGGAUAAAGUUAUUAAAAUAGCAAAGAAGAAAAAAUCUACAGACGAACUGAUCAAACAAAUAUUUCGGGAAAAUGCAUUAAUUAAAGAUGAUGAUCAUAAAAACACUCUAGCGUUGAUUUUAUUACCAUUAAUCUUCAAAAGAAUAGCUAAGCAGACUACAAAGUCUAAAACUAAAACUCACUGGAACCCACACAAAGAAGAAAUAUUAAAAUCUUUUAUUGUUCACAUUAAGGAAACCGUAAAUUUCAAAGAUGAACUACAAGCUGUGGAAAAUAAUCUGCUCGAAAUGCACAACGAUCACAAAAUAAAGUUGCAACCGUAUGUAAUUAUCAAUGGUCCAUCACUGAAUGACGUAAAAUCAGCGUUUGUGGUACUUGAUAAUUAUAAAUACCAAGUAUCUUCUCCUGUCGUAGCAGUUGAUAUUUGUUUUCAGUGUAUGAAAGUGUUUGGAGAAAAAUAUUCGUCAGUUUGCAAUCACGUGUGGCAAUUUAUAGAAAGAGAAGUAUAUAAGUUUGAGGUCAAAGAUUUGUAUACGGCAGUAGCAUCUGUGAUUGAAAAUAUGAGAAAAGUUCAUUAAUUCGCUUGUUAAC